GUAUGGAAGAACCCGGUGUGACACCUUCUGUCACUGGAACAAGUUUGACAGAGGAAAGAUUUUGUGGAGACAUUCAUACCCCCAAAUGCCAAGAAUCUUGCACUCUGCUCAUUGGAGAAAGAUACUCAGUUUCUAAGGCGUUACAUAUGGACUCUUUGACUGUACCAUCUCUGUCUCCCUCAACGGGAUCUCAGCUCAGUGUGGAUGAGAUGAAGUUACUCGCUAAACUAGAGGAACAGAACAGACUGCUUGAGACUGACAGGAAGUCUCUGUACCCUCUGAAUGGGGUCCUGCAAAGUCCCACCUCACCCAAAACCUUCUCUUUUGAGGAUGACAUAUGGGGCAAUGUCAUUAAAGAAUGGGACAACUGGCGCAAGAGAAAAGUGGGACAGAUCAAGGUGCUGAUCAGGAGGGGUGUCCCUGCUCACCUGCGGCCCGCUGUGUGGCAGCUGUUGUGUGACGCUCAGAAUGUGGCCGUGCGACAGAAGUACUCAGAUCUGCUGAAGAGCUCGUCUCCCUCUGAGACGCUGAUACUCAGAGACCUGACACGUAUCCUCCCUCAACACCAGCUCUUUCACAACAAGGUCGCUACCUGCCAGAAACCACUGUUUAAUGUGCUGAAGGCUUACUCAAUCUUAGACCAAGAGAUUGGCUAUUGUCAGGGAAGUGUGUUUAUUGUAGGUCUAUUGCUCACACAGAUGGCUGAAGAGGAGGCCUUCUACAUUUUUGUGAGGCUAAUGAAGGACUUCAGAAUGAGGGAUCUGUAUAGAUCCAAUAUGGUUGAACUCGGCUGCUGCAUUCACCAGUUUGACGCUAUGAUUAAGGAUCAACUUCCUGAGCUUCAUUCCCACUUCCAGACUCAGGGUUUUCACACCUCUGUGUUCUCCUCCUCUUGGUUUCUCAACAUCCUCCUCUCAUCUUUACCAAUCAGAGCUGCCAUUAGGAUUUUUGAUAUCUUCAUGUGUGAGGGUUUGGAGAUCGUGUUCCGGGUUGGUUUGGCUUUACUUCACAUGAAGCAGACAGAACUCAUCAAGCUUGAUGUAGAGGGAAUGAUGAAUUGCUUACAGAAUCUGGAAUCAUGGGCUUCAGAUCCUGAUGGAAUCAUUGAAGCAGCAUAUCAAAUAAAAUACAACUCCAGCAGAAUGAAACAAUUGAGACAAGAGUAUGCAUAUAUCAAGACAAAAAAGCUGGAGGAGCAGGAAGAACUAAAUGGACUUUCUUCAGAGAACAAACAUUUAAAGCAGAGGCUUGCCUUACUGGAGAAGAGGUGCUCAGAAAAACUGGUGUCACAGCUGAAGAAAGAACUGGAGAAAACUCGGCUAAACACAGCCAGGUCACAAAGCGCUUUAAAAGAGAUGCAGGCAAACAUCUUGCAGAUGGAAGAGAGCGGCGCUGUGCCUAAUGAGGACAGUGUGAUGGAUCUGCAGACGGAGCUGAUCAGCUGUAGAUUGCAGGAAGCAGAGGCACUAACUGAACUCAAAGUGCUAAAACAACACAUUAAAGACAUAGAGGAGAAAUGGCAGAGGCAGCAGGUGCAGUGCGGAGGUCAGCAAAAGAUUAGCAGCGCACAAAAUGAACUGCAGGUGGAGCUGUUAAGCACAAGACUAAAGGAAACGCUCACUCAAGCCGCGCUUAAAGAGAGCCGCCACAGACUGAUGAAGCUGCAGACAGAGAACAAAAUGUACAGUAACCAGCUAAAACCAAUUGAAGCACACAUAAACAGCCAGCAAGAUCAUCUACAGGAGCUGACAUCUCAGAACCAAGAUCUGUGCAGCCAGUUACAACAGAGCAGACGGUUUUCAACUGUUCAAUACAAGCGAAAAGAAAAGCAGGACAAAGAAGCAGCAAACUUGACCAUCAUUGCAGUUCUUCAAAAGCAGAUCACAGAGUUACAAAUUCAAAUUCAAAGCCUCUCCAAACAUACUAUGUUUUCUCAACCCGCACCGAGGCCUUCCACAUCCACCUCUCGGAAGCACAAUGACACCUAAAAAUGGACAGCUGCCCUAACGUCCCGUCAUCCUAUCUCCAGAAGCACGCCAUCCGGUGAGACACUGAAGAUGUUCUAUUAAGAGCGCUACCCACAGCUGCAGUGUCCACUAUGAGAGAGUCUUCACAGCCCCAGCUUUUAAACAUGCUGCAACACUUUGAGUGUCAUGAGCAGAGACACACUGUGACAGUUUUGCCAUUAACACUUGAAAGUGACAGCAAGAUUUCUCAUUCUUAGCAAAAAAAAAAAAAGUUGUUAAAUGUCUUAGAUCUAACAUUCAAGUAAACAUCACAAAGCACUUAGUACUGUCACACUGUAAAAGAGGUUUUAGUCAUGGUCAGCCGCAAGUAUCUUAAUGCUGGAUACCUGUACUGAAAAUCCGACUGAUUGAACAACAGUGAUUUCAGCCAAAUGAAUCUCUAUUUGACCCAGUGUCACUGGAAUUUAUAGUGUUUUAGC